AAAGGUUGCCUCGUCAGCGUGUGCGAAGCACAGCCGUUGCUCGCCGCGAUCGCAUCGACCGCCUCGCCGGAACCGAGCGACAGAGAUGAGGGACGCCUGGCUUUUGCUCGGUGCGCUGUGCGUAGCGACGGCGAUGUUCUCAGGCGCCGGGGCAAAAGAGGCACCUAAGUCGAAACCCGAGGACAGGGCGGAGACGCCUCCGAAGGCCAGCGGCGAGCAGGGCGCCAAACGAGUGGUGGUCACCGCAGAGACCGACGCAUGGCAUCUCGAGGAGAUGAUACUGUCCGAGCAGGAGAGUUACCUGAAGUACGAGGAGAAAUUGCGCUCGGGAGAAGAUACUUCGAGUCCCGAACGGGCCGCAAGUCCUUCGAAGGAACCGAAAGCCGCGACGAAUAAGAGCACUGCGAAUGCCACGAAGGUCGCGCCGUCUUCCGAGACCGCGGCUCCGGAUGCUAAAGAAACGACUCCUUACGAGGAUGACCCACGUCACCUGGAGCGGCAGCACAUGGAAGAUUUUGUGGCCAUCACCGAGAAGAUAUACGUGGUGAAGCGCAACUUCAACCUCGAGCGAGUCGAACGCUGCGAAUCGGCGCAGAGGCUGCGUCAGCUGAGCGACACCCAAUACGAGUACCUGCUCCGCACGCGCCAUUACAAGUCACCGGCGCUAAUGUCCAUGAAAGUGUUCUUCAAGAUUAGCAAGACUGGUGUGCACAAGGAGUACAACGCUGUGACGUAUACGCACGGCCCAGAUGAGCCUAGCGUCGAACGCAAGCUCAUGUACAUCAGUCCCGACAAAACGUGCGCGAUCCUUGUCGAAGAUCUGAAGAGAAGACGCAAGGGUUGCCAACUCGUCCAGCCAGAGUCCGCCAUCGAGAACGGGAUACCGCUGGAGUGCAACAAGAUCUACGAGGCGAGCUGCGGCAGAAAGAGCCUCAUCCUCUACGAACCUAUCUGCAAGACGCUGCCUGACAAUGUGCCCCACGAGGAACUUUAAAAAAAAAAAAACUUUUUCUUUUCUAUUUUUUUUUUUACGCCGGCACUAGCGCGCUAGAAGGUAACGCCCCUUAAACUUCGCAAAGUGCGACACUCUCCUCCUCCACCUUCACUCCUCCUCGUUCCUACUCUCUUUCACGCUCUCUCCUCGACCGUAGCGCCGCCUACACCACUCGAGCGUAACGGCGCCAACAUGCGCUCCUCGCCACUCCGUAGAGGCUUUUCGAGCGAAAAUGGCGCUGAAGCACGGCCCGAGGGCCCACGUGAUGCUAUUAGGCCAAUAGCGACGCGGCCUCGACCAGAGCGCGCGAGGAGAAGGCGGCAUUCUACAAAGCGUGGCGCUACUCUACGAAGUUUAAGGGGCUUUAUUGGAAGGCCGUCCCGCAGGCCAUCUGUCGGAACAUUCAUCACACCUGUCAAGUGUGCGCGGAAGAUGCCUUUUCGAAGGCGUCUCCCGACACUUGGCGACGCUUCUCACGUGCUCAACACAUCAUUAAAAGGGACAUUUAAGAAGAAUGCUAAGCUGUACAUUACUGAAUUUCACUUCUGGAAUAACACAACGGAUGCGCUCUUACCUUGGGAUCUCCCGGAUUCAUUACAGAACCUCUCUCUACCUCUUACCAUGAGAGGAGGCUUAAUGGUAAAACAGAAAAAGAAAUGGCGCACCGAAAACAAAAACAAAAAAAAAUACCGAUGCUGACACGACCUGCAUGUUGCCACACCUUCUUGCCGUGACGUCGUGGAUUUCGACGGCGUUUACCCUAGUCCAUAGUUAUACGGUUUAUCAUUCAGGAAGGACUACGUAUAUCAUUAUAGUUAUAAAAACGAAAUAAUAAACCUAGCAUGUUUUGAUAACUGUUGCUUUGCGAAAACGUGCCGAAGCACGAGAAAACGCCUAUAGGAACUGCUGUGACGUCAAACCAAAGUACCGUAGCAGUGCCGGCCGUUUCGGCGGGAAAUUAAACAGAAACGUAAAAGCGUGGCAGUCACUUUUUUGCGUCUAUAAUCAGCUUCAUUCGCCACCUCAUUACCCAAAGUAUAUAUGGCGACUUCCGAAAGAACACUUUAUCAUGUGAUAUCGUGCUUUAGCGCUGACUACCCUGUGUCGCCAUCUGAUGACGCUGUAUUAAACUGUAGAGCAAAAUAAAGUAAACUUUCAACGACUGA